CCUCCCCCGCCGGGCGACGCCGUGUGGCCGCGCCCCAGAACAAGCGCUCCUCACUCAAAAAUUUCUCCCUUCCCUCUUUCCUCCCAGCCCCCCCCCCGCCUUCUCUGUUCCCUCGAGUACUCCCCCCUGCCUCUCCGCCCUUCCCGCCUCCGAUGUCCACCAUUGGCCAGAGCGCGCCGGCUGCCUCCGGCGCGGCCUCCAAUUCCGGGUUGUUGGCCACCUUCUCGAAGCACUAUGCCAAUGCCACUUUCAUGUACCGGUACUACCUCGACCGGCUUGCGCCGUAUCUGGCAAUCCGGUGGUCGAUCACCGGGACCCUGUUUGUCCUGUUCGCCCUGCGAGUGGUCCUGUCACAGGGGUUCUACAUCAUUGCCUAUGCGCUGGGCAUCUACAUGCUGAACAUGUUCCUGUCCUUCCUCACGCCGGCCAUCGACCCGGAGCUUGAUGGAGCUGACGGGGCCGAUGACCCGGGGCUGCCGACGGCCGGGCCGAUCCUCGGCUCCAGCUCCGGGCCCCCUGGCCCCGACUCCCAAACCCCGGGCGAAUUCCGGCCCUUCAUCCGCCGGCUGCCGGAGUAUUCCUUCUGGCUGUCCACCACCCAGGCCCUGGUUCUGUCGCUGCUGCUGACCACCUCGCAGAUCUUCAACAUCCCGGUGUACUGGCGCAUUUUGGUGGUGUACUUUGUGAUGCUCUUUGUGAUGACCAUGCGCCGACAGAUCAGCCACAUGCUCAAGCACCGGUAUCUGCCCUUCGACUUCGGCAAGCGCCGGUACCGGCCCGGCUCGUCGGCCAACGCCGGGCCGCGCACCGACGCCGCUGCUGUCACCUCCACCGGGCAUGUGGCCCCGCCGGUGUCCGGGUCCUCGGCCUCCUUCUCGGGGCGCCUGCUGUCGGCCGGUUCGGCCCUCGGUGCCCUGUCGGCUCUCAGCAACCCGGCCGCCCUGCAAAUGCAUUCCAUUCCCCAUGCCCCGGGAGCCAGCAUGUUCACCGGGGGCGUCGCGGCCUCCAGUGCGGCCUCCUCGCAUGGUGGCUCCUCCGCCGGGGCGUUCUCUUCCAAUGUGUCCGCCGGCCCGCCGGUCUCCUCGGCCGGUUCUCUGGCUCCGGUCGGGCUGCACACCACCGGGGCCGGGUCGGCACCGAUGAGCAUGAUGAUGAGCACUCCGUCGGUGCAAGCGCCGGCUCCGCCCAUGCCCACGUCGGUUGCCCCGCCGCCACUGCCGACCGGGACCGGCGCUUCGCACCCGGGGCCGGAUGUCAUGCCUGCCCCGGUGCCCCAGUCCCACUAGGGACCCUCGCGGCACCAGGCCCCCUCCGCCUUCCUCUCCUUCCUCGCCCUUCGGUAGGUCCCCAUGCAUGCGCCCGGGAGCUCCGCCUCCUGCCUUCCCUUUCCUCGCUUCUCCCCUCAAAUACACACGUACACUCCA